UCAGGUGUGAGUCAUUUCUAUUAGCAAGAGAGCGAGUUGCUCCAGUUGUCUCCGAGCAGGAGAGUUUGAAAGGGUGCCCCAAAGAACGAUCUCAAGGUGGGCAGGGGAGCACCUACCUUCACCGGCAGGGGCAAAAAACAAAAAAAAAGCUUAUUUUUUACGCUUUAACAAAAAAACAACUUCCCUGCCAACCUUAGUUUCAAGGUUUAUUCUUAAUUAGAGUUGAGAAGCCUGUUUCGACUUGAAGACACCCGUAUCAGGUGAAUGGAGAGCCAGCUACCGCCAUGAAAGGUCUGAAGAAAAAGUGGGGGUUAGAAUGCUAAGUGGAUGAGAUCCACAAGCUCUCUUUGGGAGGAACCACUUUCUGAAACGAGAGUCCUCGUACUUCAUGGAACUUCACGGUUUCCAGCUCAGGGAGGCAGAAAGGCAAUAACGAGGCCCUGGGAAGCCGGGGAGAAUUAAGGAUCGCAUGGCCUGCUGCGCUCGCCUGCCGGCUCUGCCUGCUGAGGAGGGAGUUCCCCAGCCCGGCACAGCAGCUGCCCGCCCGUGUGGAGACCUAGCCCGGGAACGAAAUCAAACCAGGAAUAACCUAUGCUGAGCCCUUGCGUCAAUCGUCCCCGAGUGUUUCCUGACACGUAUUUUUGCUUACAGUCCCUCAGAACUAAAGAAUGGGGCUCAACGUGACAUUUGCAAAAUUACCAGAUAAUGAGCUGCACGGUCCAGGGAAUCACACCCCAAGUAACACAAGCGAUGGACCCGGAAAGAACACCACCAUUAACAACGAAUUUGACACUGUCGUCUUGCCUGGGCUUUACCUCGUCAUCUUUGUGGCAAGCAUCUUGCUGAAUGGUCUAGCAGUGUGGAUCUUCUUCCACAUUAGGAAUAAAACCAGCUUCAUAUUUUAUCUCAAGAACAUAGUGGUUGCUGACCUCAUAAUGACGCUGACGUUCCCAUUUCGAAUAGUCCACGAUGCAGGAUUUGGACCUUGGGACUUCAAGUUUAUCCUCUGCCGAUACACUUCGGUUUUAUUUUACGCCAACAUGUAUACUUCCAUCGUGUUUCUCGGGCUGAUAAGCAUUGAUCGCUACCUGAAGGUGGUAAAGCCGUUUGGCGACUCUCGCAUGUACAGCAUAACCUUUACAAAGAUUUUGUCUAUUGGUGUCUGGGUGCUCAUGGCUAUCCUGUCCUUGCCAAACAUCAUUCUAACAAACGGUCAACCAACUAGGGAAAAUAUUCAUGAGUGCAUGAAACUUAAGAGUCCUCUGGGAGUGAAAUGGCAUAAGGCCAUCAUUUAUGUCAACAGCUGCUUGUUUGUGGUUGUGCUGGCGAUGCUGAUAGGAUGUUACAUAGCCAUAUCCAGGUACAUCCACAAAUCCAGCAGGCAGUUCGUGAGCCAGUCCAGCCGAAAGCGAAGACACAACCAGAGCAUUAGGGUGGUCGUGGCCGUGUUUUUCACCUGUUUCCUACCCUAUCACUUGUGCAGGAUUCCUUUCACUUUUAGUCACCUGGACAGACUCUUAGAUGAAUCGGCACACGAAAUCCUAUAUUACUGCAAAGAAAUGACGCUUUUCUUGUCUGCGUGCAACGUGUGCCUGGAUCCGAUAAUUUACUUUUUUAUGUGUCGCUCAUUCUCAAGAAGGCUGUUCAAGAAAUCAAAUAUCAGAACGAGGAGUGAGAGCAUCCGAUCACUGCAAAGUGUCAGAAGAUCAGAGGUCCGCAUAUACUAUGAUUAUACUGAUGUGUAGGAGUUAAAGGCCACCAGGCCUUCUCUUGCUUGUCGAAGUCAAUGUGUACAAAGUGUAAAUAAAUUUGUCUUUUGAUUACCCUC